AUGGCCUGCACAGGCCUGAGACUGGCAAAUGGUCUUGGGAUUUGGUGUCAGGUUCUGUAUAAACAAAAACAUGAUGCUGAGAAAGGAACUUCAGAUUAUGCACAUAUGAAGGAACCUCCGGAUAUUAAGCAUGCCAUGGAAGUCAAUAAAUACCAAAGUGAUGUGUCAUAUAAGAGGGAUGUGCAAGAUACUCACAGAUACACUGAAGUGCUGAACAGGCCAGACAUUAAGAUGGCAACAGAGAUAACAAAGAUAAUAAGUGAUGCUGAGUACAAGAAAGGAAGGGGAGAGAUGACUAAGGAACCCGCUGUACUUGGAAGACCAGAUUUUGAACAUGCCAAAGGAGUUUCUAAACUUCUAAGCCAAGUGAAAUACAAAGAGCAGUUCAAAAAAGAAAUGAAGAGCCACCAGUACAAUCCUCUUGACUGUGCUUCCUUCAAGCAAGCACAGAUUGCAUCGACCUUGGCAAGUGAUGUAAGUGAAUUUGCUUUGUAUUUUGCAUAUGUACACUACAAAGAAGAAUUUGAAAAAUCUAAGGGCAAGUGCAUAUUUGUACCUGACACCCCUCAGCUAAAACAUGUGAAAAGUGUUGGUGAUUUUAUUUCUGAGGUGAAGUACAAAGGAGCUGCUAAGAAAGACCUUUCCAACUCUCUUUAUCAGCAGAUGCCAGCUACAAUUGACAGUGUAUUUGCAAAAGAACUAACUCAGCUGCAGAGCAAGGUGCGACUUGAAAAUCACAAAAAAGAUUUGUACAUUAAUUGUAGGGGAGAAUAUGAUCACUUUGAACAAUAUUAUUGAGUGGAUACUUGAUUGCCUGCUUGAUUUAUUUUGGGUGGGAUUAUUAUCCAGAAUUUGUUAUCAUAACUACUUAACUUCAAUAACUGCUCAAUUCUAAAAUGUAGACAAUCUGACUUGCAAAGUUUAUUAAAUAUAAACAUUAAAAAAGAUUAAAAGCAGGCAAAAUCCAUUAGCAACCCAUGGAUGCCAUAGGGAAUUACUGAAUUCAGUAACAUUUUAUUGUGUUUAUAGAAUAUGCAAAUCUUAGAUAAAAACCAUUUCCACUCAAGU